AUGAGCAGGGACAACCAGAGCAGCAUAUCCGAGUUCCUCCUCCUGGGGCUCCCCAUCAGGCCAGAACAGCAGGGCGUGUUCUUCACCCUGUUCCUGGGCAUGUACCUGACCACGGUGCUGGGCAACCUGCUCAUCAUCCUGCUCAUCAGGCUGGACUCCCACCUGCACACGCCCAUGUACUUCUUCCUCAGCCACUUGGCUUUCUCUGACUUUUCUCUGUCAUCUGUCACUGUCCCAAAGAUGCUAAUGGACAUGCACACACAGCAACAAUCCAUCCCCUAUGUGGGAUGCAUUUCUCAGUUGUAUUUUUUCAUACUUUUCGGUGGUCUUGACAAUUUCCUUCUGACUGUGAUGGCAUAUGACAGGUAUGUGGCCAUCUGUCACCCUCUACACUACACCACCAUCAUGAGGGAGGGGCUGUGUACACUGUUGGUGGCUGCCUCCUGGAUUAUCUCCUGUGGCAGUGCCCUCUUGCACACCCUCCUGUUAGUCCGGCUCAUGAGGCCUGAGAACCAGAGCAGCGUGUCUGAGUUCCUCCUCCUGGGGCUCCCCAUCCUGCGAGAGCACCAGGGCGUGAUCUUCACCCUGUUCCUGGGCAUGUACCUGACCACGGUGCUGGGCAACCUGCUCAUCAUCCUGCUCAUCAGGAUGGACUCCCGCCUGCACACGCCCAUGUACUUCUUCCUCAGCCACUUGGCUUUCUCUGACAUUUCUCUGUCAUCUGUCACUGUCCCUAAAAUGCUCAUGAACAUGCAGACUCAGCAACAAUCCAUCCCCUAUGUGGGAUGCAUUUCUCAGUUGUAUUUUUUCAUACUUUUUGGUGGUCUUGACAAUUUCAUUCUGGCAGUGAUGGCAUAUGACAGGUAUGUGGCCAUCUGUCACCCUCUACACUAUAACACCAUCAUGAGGGAGGGGCUGUGUGCACUGUUGCUGGCUGCCUCUUGGAUUAUCUCCGUGAGCAGUGCACUGUUGCACACCCUCCUGUUGGUCCGACUGUCCUUCUGUGCCAACAAUGUCAUCACCCACUUCUUCUGUGACCUCACUGUGCUCCUGAAACUCAGCUGCUCAGACAUCUCCCUCAAUGAGCUGGUCAUCUUCACUGAGGGAGGAAUGCUUUAUUUUCUACUUUUGGCUAUUAUUUUGGGCUCAUAUAUCUGUAUAGGGACCAUCAUCCUAAAGGCUCCCUCCACCAAGAGACUCUUGAAAGUCUUCUCUACCUGUGGCUCCCAUCUCCUUGUGGUGUCUUUCUACUAUGGGACACUUGCUGUUGUUUACCUUUUGUCCUCAUCAUGGGAUUCCAAAAACAUAAUUGCUUCAGUCAUGUAUACAGUAGUUACCCCUAUGCUGAACCCCUUCAUCUACAGUCUGAGGAACAGAGAUGUAAAGCAGGCAUUAGAAUAUUUGUCAACAGGGUUAAAAAAGUUAGGACUCUUGAUUCAUGCCUGUGACCCUAAGUACUUGCAUCACAGCUGCACAUCAGAGGUGACAUUGUUGGCUCUGGUGCUGGACAGGAAGAUGCCUGACCUCAGAGGAGCCAAGGUCAGGUCAGAGAAGGGUCACACCUCUACUCAGCAGCAUGUGCUGGUGCACAUGUGA